GAAACGUUCGUUCCUUUCACAGAACUCCUGUUCUUUCCCAGGGAGUCCGCCAUUGUUGCUGCACGUAUAUUACUGACCAGGCCAACGGAAAUCAGACAACAUCCAAAAUGGUGAACUUCACGGUGGACGAGAUACGUGCCAUGAUGGACAAAAAGAAAAACAUCAGAAAUAUGUCCGUCAUCGCUCACGUCGAUCAUGGAAAGUCAACUCUGACUGACUCCCUUGUAUCUAAGGCCGGUAUUAUUGCCGGUGCCAAAGCCGGUGAGACGAGAUUUACUGAUACCCGCAAAGAUGAACAGGAACGUUGUAUUACUAUUAAAUCUACUGCUAUUUCUAUGUUCUUUGAACUUGAGGAAAAAGAUUUAGUUUUUAUUACGAAUCCUGAUCAGCGUGACAAGGACGAGAAGGGUUUCUUGAUCAAUCUUAUUGACUCACCCGGCCACGUUGAUUUCUCCAGUGAAGUAACUGCUGCCCUUCGUGUAACUGAUGGAGCACUUGUUGUCGUUGAUUGUGUCUCUGGUGUCUGUGUACAAACCGAAACUGUACUACGCCAAGCUAUUGCUGAACGUAUAAAGCCAGUACUAUUCAUGAACAAAAUGGACAGAGCACUUUUGGAACUUCAACUUGAUAGUGAAGAUCUUUAUCAAACUUUCCAACGUAUCGUUGAGAACGUGAAUGUUAUCAUUGCUACGUAUUCGGACGACGAUGGUCCUAUGGGUGAAGUUAGAGUAGACCCUAGCAAAGGAUCCGUCGGCUUCGGCUCGGGCCUUCACGGUUGGGCAUUUACCUUGAAACAAUUCUCUGAAAUGUAUGCCGAGAGAUUCAAAAUCGAUGUCGUAAAGCUAAUGAACAGAUUAUGGGGAGAGUCAUUCUUUAAUCCCAAAACCAAGAAGUGGAGCAAACAAAAGGAAGUGGACAACAAGCGAUCUUUCUGUAUGUACGUCCUAGAUCCAAUUUAUAAGGUAUUUGAUAGCAUCAUGAAUUAUAAAAAAGAUGAAGCAGACACACUGUUGCAAAAGUUAGGAAUUGUUUUGAAACCCGAAGAUAAAGAUAAGGAUGGCAAGGCUCUUCUGAAGGUUGUUAUGAGAACAUGGUUGCCAGCUGGAGAAGCUUUACUUCAGAUGAUUGCCAUUCAUUUACCGUCUCCCGUAACCGCUCAGAAAUACCGUAUGGAAAUGUUGUACGAAGGGCCACUCGAUGAUGAUGCUGCAGUUGGUAUCAAGAACUGUGAUCCGAAUGGACCUCUUAUGAUGUACGUUUCGAAAAUGGUACCGACCUCUGACAAGGGUCGUUUCUAUGCUUUCGGCCGAGUGUUCUCUGGUAAAGUGUGCACUGGAAUGAAAGCACGUAUUAUGGGGCCUAACUUCCAACCAGGCAAAAAAGAAGAUCUUUAUGAAAAAGCUAUUCAGCGUACAAUUCUAAUGAUGGGUCGUUACGUUGAAGCGAUUGAAGAUGUGCCUUCUGGUAAUAUUUGUGGACUUGUUGGUGUUGAUCAAUUCUUAGUGAAAACUGGAACUAUUACAACAUAUAAAGAUGCACAUAACAUGAAAGUCAUGAAGUUCUCAGUAUCUCCUGUUGUACGUGUUGCCGUAGAACCUAAGAAUCCAGCAGAUUUGCCCAAGUUAGUCGAAGGUCUCAAACGUUUAGCAAAAUCAGAUCCUAUGGUACAAUGUAUCAUUGAGGAAUCAGGAGAACAUAUUAUUGCUGGUGCUGGAGAGCUUCACCUUGAAAUUUGCUUGAAGGACUUGGAGGAGGAUCAUGCUUGCAUACCCAUUAAAAAAUCGGACCCUGUUGUCUCUUACAGAGAAACUAUUUCGGAACAAUCGAAUCAAAUGUGUCUUUCGAAAUCACCCAACAAGCAUAAUCGUUUGUUCAUGAUGGCGUGUCCCAUGCCUGAUGGUCUUGCUGAAGAUAUCGAUAGCGGUGAAGUAAAUCCAAGGGAUGACUUCAAAGUACGUGCUCGUUAUUUAAACGAGAAAUACGAUUACGAUGUAACUGAAGCUAGAAAGAUCUGGUGCUUUGGACCUGACGGAACUGGGCCCAACAUUCUUGUCGAUUGUACAAAGGGAGUACAAUAUCUUAAUGAAAUUAAAGAUUCCGUUGUAGCUGGAUUCCAAUGGGCGACGAAAGAGGGUGUUCUAUCUGAAGAGAAUUUGAGAGGUGUCCGCUUCAACAUUCAUGAUGUAACGUUACACGCUGACGCUAUUCACAGAGGUGGUGGACAAAUUAUUCCUACCACUAGACGCUGCCUGUAUGCUUGUCUCCUCACUGCCUCUCCCCGACUUAUGGAACCAGUUUACUUGUGCGAAAUUCAGUGCCCCGAAACAGCUGUCGGUGGUAUUUAUGGUGUGCUCAAUCGAAGAAGAGGUCACGUAUUUGAAGAACAGCAAAUUGCCGGUACACCUAUGUUCGUAGUUAAAGCAUAUCUUCCCGUAAACGAGUCCUUUGGCUUUACUGCCGAUUUGCGUUCCAACACUGGUGGACAAGCUUUUCCACAGUGUGUAUUCGACCAUUGGCAGAUCCUGCCUGGUGACCCAAUGGAACCCAACACCAGACCUUACCAAGUCGUGCAGGAUACGCGUAAGAGGAAGGGAUUGAAAGAGGGUCUCCCAGAUCUGAACGCAUACCUUGACAAAUUGUAACCUUAGAUUCGCGCACCAUAUUUAAAUAUCUAUUUAAAUAUUGUAAUUCAAUUAAUAUCGCUCGAACCGCAUACAUCUUACAUCGGUUUAUUAUCAACUUUGUUUUUGCGCAAAGAAUCGUAAAGAAAGAACAUUAUAAAUAUGAGGAAAAAUGAUAAUAAAAUGUGAUUACAACGCAAAAUACGAAAUGUUAGCGCAAGUGGAAAUAUUUUAUACAUUUAUUUAAUCGGAUGUGUCACGUUAUCAAGAUCCACUGGCUUUAUGUUUUUACCGUAUCAGCAUCAGAGACAGACAGACUCUAUUGUUAAUUUUAUUAUGGUGAUAUCGUUGUUCAAUUUCGUGAAGAACGAAUGAAACUAAAACAACUUUUUUUACAUUGCUUUUUUACAAUUAGUCUGGUUACCUUUGUGUUGGUGUUCUGAGAGAAUUGGACGAAUUGCGACGUUACUAAUAAUGGAAAAUCUACACAACAGCAAUGUACUCAUAUUGAACGAAUACAUUAAGAAAUUAAACAAAAAAAUUGUGAAA